AACUGGGUAAAUCGCCUUGGAGUUAUGCCAAUCCUUGGUCAGUCAAUUGUAACCCCCUCAUGCAUGUUACUACUUACCGUAUUUCUGGCCAUACAGCGGACGGUUCUUUCCCAGGGACCGGAUGUGAGAUUGGUCAAUUCGGACGAUCGUUGCUCUGGAAGAGUAGAAAUCUUUCACGAUGGAAGUUGGGGCACGGUUUGUGAUGAUGGCUGGGAUUUGACAGAUGCCACUGUUCUUUGCAAGGAGCUGCAAUGUGGACCCGCCCUAUCGGUGCAUGGUAGCGCUUGGUUUGGUGAAGGUACCGGCAAGAUUUGGAUGGAUGAUGUUUCCUGCGGGGGGACAGAGUCCCAUCUCCGGUCUUGCUCCUUCUCUGGUUGGGGAACCCACAACUGUGGUCAUGGUGAGGAUGCAGGUGUAAUCUGUUACCCAUGAUCGGGUGUGAGAUUGGUCAAUACAGGCGAUCGUUGCUCUGGAAGAGUUGAAAUCUUUCACGAUGGAAGUUGGGGCACGGUUUGUGAUGAUGGCUGGGAUUUGACAGAUGCCACUGUUCUUUGCAAGGAGCUGCAUUGUGGACCCGCCCUAUCGGUGCAUGGUAGCGCUCGGUUUGGAGAAGGUACUGGCAAGAUUUGGAUGGAUGAUGUUUCCUGCGGGGGGACAGAGUCCCAUCUCCGGUCUUGCUCCUUCUCUGGUUGGGGAACCCACAACUGUGGUCACAGUGAGGAUGCAGGUGUAAUCUGUAACCCAGGUGAGAGCCCAGCCGUACCUUCUGAUACCUUCUGGUAAUGGAUCCACUCUGCUCUCUCAGGAUCGGAUGUGAGAUUGGUCAAUUCAGCUGAUCGUUGCUCUGGAAGAGUUGAAAUCUUUCACGAUGGAAGUUGGGGCACGGUUUGUGAUGAUGGCUGGGAUUUGACAGAUGCCACUGUUCUUUGCAAGGAGCUGCAAUGUGGACCCGCCCUGUCGGUGCAUGGUAACGCUCGGUUUGGACCAGGUACCGGCAAGAUUUGGAUGGAUGAUGUUUCCUGCGGGGGGACAGAGUCCCAUCUCCGGUCUUGCUCCUUCCCUGGUUGGGGAACCCACAACUGUGGUCAUGGCGAGGAUGCAGGUGUAAUCUGUAACCCAGGUAAGAGAUCGGAUGUGAGAUUGGUCAAUUCAGACGAUCGUUGCUCAGGAAGAGUUGAAAUAUUUUACAAGGGAAGUUGGGGCACGGUUUGUGAUGAUGGCUGGGAUUUGACAGAUGCCACUGUUCUUUGCAAGGAGCUGCAAUGUGGACCCGCCCUGUCAGUGCACGGUAGCGCUCGGUUUGGACCAGGUACCGGCAAGAUUUGGAUGGAUGAUGUUUCCUGUGGGGGGACAGAGUCCCAUCUCCGGUCUUGCUCCUUCCCUGGUUGGGGAACCCACAACUGUGGUCAUGGUGAGGAUGCAGGUGUAACCUGUUACCCAGGUAAGAAAUCGGAUGUGAGAUUGGUCAAUUCAGACGAUCGUUGCUUUGGAAGAGUGGAAAUCUUUCACAAUGGAAGUUGGGGCACGGUUUGCGAUGAUGGCUGGGAUUUGACAGAUGCCACUGUUCUUUGCAAGGAGCUGCAAUGUGGAUCCGCCCUAUCGGUGCAUGGUAGCACUCAGUUCGGACCAGGUACCGGCAAGAUUUGGAUGGAUGAUGUUUCCUGCAAUGGGACAGAGUCCCAUCUGCGCUCUUGCUCCUUUCCUGGUUGGGGAACCCACAACUGUGGUCAUGGUGAGGAUGCAGGUGUAAUCUGUACCUCAGGAUCGGAUGUGAGAUUGGUCAAUUCAGACGAUCGUUGCUCUGGAAGAGUGGAAAUCUUUCACAAUGGAAGUUGGGGCACGGUUUGUGAUGAUGGCUGGGAUUUGACAGAUGCCACUGUUCUUUGCAAAGAGCUACAAUGUGGACCCGCCCUAUCGGUGCAUGGUAGCGCUCAGUUUGGAGAAGGUACUGGCAAGAUUUGGAUAGACGAUGUUUCCUGCGGGGGGACAGAGUCCCAUCUCCGGUCUUGCUCCUUCUCUGGUUGGGGAACCCACAACUGUGGUCAUGGUGAGGAUGCAGCUGUAACCUGUUACCCAGGAUUGGAUGUGAGAUUGGUUAAUUCAGACGAUCGUUGCUCUGGAAGAGUUGAAAUCUUUCACAAUGGAAGCUGGGGCACGGUUUGUGAUGAUGGCUGGGAUUUGGCUGAUGCCACUGUUCUUUGCAAGGAGCUGCAAUGUGGAUCCGCCCUAUCGGUGCAUGGUACCGCUCGGUUUGGACCAGGUACCGGCAAGAUUUGGAUGGAUGAGGUUUCCUGCAAGGGGACAGAGUCCCAUCUCCGGUCUUGCUCCUUCUCUGGUUGGGGAACCCACAACUGUGGUCAUGGUGAGGAUGCAGGUGUAACCUGUUACCCAGGAUCGGGUGUGAGAUUGGCCAAUUCAGACGAUCGUUGCUCUGGAAGAGUGGAAAUCUUUUACAAUGAAAGUUGGGGCACGGUUUGUGAUGAUGGCUGGGAUUUGACAGAUGCCACUGUUCUUUGCAAGGAGCUGCAAUGUGGACCCGCCCUGUCGGUGCAUGGUAACGCUCGGUUUGGAGAAGGUACUGGCAAGAUUUGGAUGGACGAUGUUUCCUGCGGGGGGACAGAGUCCCAUCUCCGGUCUUGCUCCUUCUCUGGUUGGGGAACCCACAACUGUGGUCAUGGUGAGGAUGCAGGUGUAAUCUGUAACCCAGGAUCGGGUGUGAGAUUGGUCAAUUCAGACGAUGGUUGCUCUGGAAGAGUAGAAGUCUUUCACAAUGGAAGUUGGGGCACGGUUUGUGAUGAUGGCUGGGAUUUGACAGAUGCCACUGUUCUUUGCAAGGAGCUGCAAUGUGGACCCGCCCUAUCGGUGCAUGGUAGCGCUCGGUUUGGACCAGGUACUGGCAAGAUUUGGAUGGAUGAUGUUUCCUGUAAGGGGACAGAGUCCCAUCUCCGGUCUUGCUCCUUCUCUGGUUGGGGGACUCACAACUGUGGUCAUGGUGAGGAUGCAGGUGUAAUCUGUAACCCAGGAUCCAAUGCGAGAUUGGUCAAUUCAGACGAUCGUUGCUCUGGAAGAGUGGAAAUCUUUCACAAUGGAAGCUGGGGCACGGUUUGCGAUGAUGGCUGGGAUUUGACAGAUGCCACUGUUCUUUGCAAGGAGCUGCAAUGCGGGCCCGCCCUAUCGGUGCACAGUAGCGCUCAGUUUGGACCAGGUACAGGCAAGAUUUGGAUGGAUGAUGUUUCCUGCAAGGGGACAGAGUCCGAUCUCCGAUCUUGCUCCUUCUCUGGCUGGGGAAUCCACAACUGUGAUCAUAAUGAGGAUUCAGGUGUAAUCUGUUCCUCAGGAUCAGGUGUGAGAUUGGUCAAUUCGGACGAUCGUUGCUCUGGAAGAGUGGAAAUCUUUCACAGUGGUAGUUGGGGCACGGUUUGUGAUGAUGACUGGGAUUUGACAGAUGCCACUGUUCUUUGCAAGGAGCUGCAAUGUGGACCCGCCCUAUCAGUGCAUGGUAGCGCUUGGUUUGGACCAGGUACCGGCAAGAUUUGGAUGGAUGAUGUUUCCUGUAAGGGCUCAGAGUCCCAUCUCCGGUCUUGCUCCUUCCCUGGUUGGGGAACCCACAACUGUGGUCAUGGUGAGGAUGCAGGUGUAAUCUGUCACCCAGAUUCUUCAACGGAGCCGACAAUCUCUGUCAGCCCUUCAUUCGCACUCUACGUGGCUGGAGAUUCACUCACUAUUAAUUGCACAGUUCCACACAGCAACUUGACCGGACAUCUGGAGUUGCUGAAGGACUCAAAUUCUGUCGCCAUCGGACAAGGAGCCCUCACAUAUGUCAUUGAAAACGUCACUACCAGCAGCCAAGGGAGCUACCAAUGUUCCUAUCAGACUGAAGUGACAAAGCAAUGGUCACCCAGCUCUCUGAGUCAACCUGUUGAAAUUGUUGUUACAAAUCCUGCAGCCCAGCCGAACAUCUCCAUGACAGCUGACAGCAAAUCAGUCAACAUCAGCUGCACAGUUCCAGACGGUGUCCCCACUGGCUGCUUUCAGUUGCUAAAGGACACGAUUCACAUCAUCAAUAGCACCAUUAGCCAGCAGUCUUUCACGUACACCAUUCCAAACAUCACUGUCAGCAACCAGGGCCAGUAA